UCAAAACAUUAGUCGUCAUAAUGAUAACCUUCAAAGUUUCCAAAAUUUUUCAGUUCCACAUUUUUGACCCUCAGUGCAAGUCGAAAUGAUUGAUUUUGUAAAAUUCCCUACGCUGUAUUGCAAUAUGACUUUCUGAUAAGAAUUUUAAAAAGUAUUCUAUUUAUAUUAUUUGCGAGAUAGCUUCUGUUACAUGAAAAAGAAUAUUUGGUUUGUUUAACCUUUCGUUAGUUUCUGAUAAAAUUUGUUGUCUUGCUGGGAGAUCAUAUUUUUGUUGGAGAAUAAAAAUUUCUAUGUGUAGAAAAAUUCACACAUUUCAUUAUGCAUAGGAAUAGGUUACUCAAGUCUAUCUGUUCAGGAUGGAAUUAUAGCACAGAAAAUUUACGAAAUGCAAGUUAUUCAACCCAUGAUAAAUUGAAAAUGGAUAAGGUAUUGAUUCUUUCUAAAUUAACAAGGUACGAUUAUGAAAGAAUGAAAUUUCAAACAUUGAAUGACAAAGAUUUUGAAAAAAAGUUGAGAACUAGAGGAACUAAUUUCGAUAAACUUAAGCAUCAUAAUGAGCUACAAAAAACCAAUGUUGCCAAAAUAGCAAAGGCACUGAAGGACACAGGAAGUGAUGUCAAAAUUGUAAAUAGGUUUUCUUACAAUAAGGAAGCCAUAUCUUGGGCAGAUUGUGUCUUACCUGCAGGGGGGGAUGGAACCUUUCUUCUAGCUGCUAGUUUAAUAAGAAAUAGUGAUAUACCAGUGGUUGGUAUCAAUUCAGAUCCAAAUCGAUCUGAGGGUUUCCUGUGCUUACCAAAGGAAUACUCUUGUGAACCUAGAGAGGCAUUUGAAAAAUUGAAAUCUGGUAAUUUCAAAUGGAUGUUCCGAAGUAGAAUACGUAGUAAAAUAAAGGGUGCUACUAAGAUGGAACCAAAGCUGCUACAUCAAAUACCCUUCUACGAUGCUGAAAAAAUAAUUGGCAAAGAAUGGGAAGGUGUGGAUGAUAAUGGGAGCAAAAUAUUGCCUGUUCUAGCACUUAAUGAGAUUUUCAUCGGGGAAACAUUAUCGGCCAAAGUGUCACAUCUUGAACUCAAUUUCGAUGAUGCAGAUCAUUUCACUAAUACAAAAUGCUCAGGACUGUGUAUUUGCACAGGGACAGGGUCGACUUCUUGGUUUUACAGUAUUAAUAAAAUUUCAGUACAAUCCGUAGCUGAAAUAUUGAGGUUGAUGAAUAUGAGUCCAACAGAAGAUAAAAAUAGUUUAGCUACAAUUUACGCUGACAUGUACAAUUACAAUCUGAAGUUUGCUCCAGAUGAUACAAGAAUGGGUUUUAGUAUUAGGGACUUGAUAUCAGCAGGAGUGUGGCCAGACCCCAAGGGAUUGAAACCAAGAGGAUUUGCGAAAAAAAUCAUUGUGAAAUCAAACUGUGAUGAAGCUUACAUUGUAGUUGAUGGUGGAUUAUCGUUUGCUUUCAAUGACGGGGCGAUCGGUAUUUUCGAGUUACACCCUGAAGAUAAUCUUCGAACUGUUAUAUUGGAUUGAGAUUUUUCUUGAUCAGUCAAGACUGCUUUUAUAUAGUUUGUAAGGAAUUUAAAUUAAGAAUCAAAACUAAUGUAGGAAAAGAAAAAUUAUACAGUAGAUUUUUAAUUUGUGAUAUUUUUUUAUGUCUAUAUCACAUUCCAAUAUUGUUAUUAAAAGCUGUGAAGAUUUAUGAAAGCUUGAAUAAAAGAAAAAAAGGAAUGAA